AAAUGAGCUGAGAUAAGAAUCAUCAGUUUAGACCAUAAUUCGUAGAGUGAAGCACAAAAUAUUAAAAUCAUGGUUACAAGACGUAUUUUAAAUUCUAAAAGCUUUUUUCUUGCAACAAUAAUUAAUGCUCGUUCUUAUAGUGAUGUGAGUAAACAUGCGCUCAAGACUCCUUUAUAUGGAUUACAUGAAAGGCGUGGUGGUAAAAUUGUUGAUUUCGCUGGCUUUCUUUUGCCCGUACAGUACUCUGAUAUGAGCGUAUCCGUAUCUCAUUUAUUUACAAGAAGUAGUGCAUCCAUUUUCGAUGUUUCUCAUAUGCUGCAAACGAACGUACAUGGAAAAGAUUGUAUCGAUUGGUUUGAAUCCAUAUGUCCGGUAGAUCUGAAAGGCAUGGCUGAUGGUACGAGCUCAUUGACGGUAUUUUUAAACGAUAAGGGCGGAAUAAUCGAUGAUUUAAUCGUUACGAGAGUUAACGAAAACCAGCUUUACAUAGUUUCAAACGCAGGAAGGUUGGAUGUAGACAAACAACACAUGAAAGAGACUUCUGAAAUUUACCGCAAGAAAAAUAAGGAUGUCGUUGUAGAUUUCUAUGAAGUUUCGCAAAGAGCACUUAUCGCAUUACAAGGGCCUAAAGCUGCACAGAAUUUACAACCUCUGGCAAACAUUCAGUUGGAAGAUUUAACUUUUAUGACGAGUAGAAUCGGUUCGGUAGCUGGUGUAGAAUGUAGAAUAACGCGCUGUGGAUACACUGGUGAAGACGGUGUUGAGAUAUCUAUUCCAGCUGAGAAAGCGGAUGAAGUCACCGAAGCUUUAUUACAAUCAAAGGAUGUAAAAUUAGCUGGUUUAGGAGCAAGAGAUUCGUUACGCUUAGAGGCAGGCUUGUGUUUGUAUGGAAACGACAUCGAUGAAAGCGUAACACCAGUCGAAGCUAAUUUGACUUGGUUAAUAGCGAAAAGACGUAGAGGUGAAGCUAACUUUCCCGGAGCAGAUAUUAUUCUACGGCAGAUUAAGGAAGGAGUGAGUAAAAGAAGGGUGGGAAUAAGAAUGGAAUCAGGAGCUCCAGCCAGAAAAGGUGCUGUGCUGAAAAAUGUAAACGGUGAAGUCGUUGGAAAUAUUACAAGUGGAUGCCCCAGUCCUUCACUUGGCGGAAACGUCGGUAUGGGAUACAUUCUAGAAUCCUUUAAGAAAGUUGGUACAGAAUUAAAAGUGAAUGUAAGAAAUAAGGACAUCUCUUGCGCAGUCGCAAAAAUGCCAUUUGUACCGUCGAAAUAUUACAUAAAGAAAUAAAACCACAUAUUUAAUAAAA